CCCGCUGUCUUGAGCUCCGCCUGCGUCGCCUCGCCUGUCUCUCCCUUCCAGCCGCUCUCAGUCUGUGUGUGUCUCUCUCUGUGCAAAGUGUCUGUGCUACUUCGGGGAGGAGGGCGGGGGGAGGUCGACGGGGCCGCCAUAUGCUUCGGAUUGUACCCAAGACCCCGCUGGAGUUUUGCCCCUGAAGCGCAUUUCAAUGGGCAGCUCCCACUUGCUCAACAAGGGUUUGCCGCUCGGGUUACUCAUGAGUCUUGUGCUUUUUUUGGCAUUCGUAUAUUUUUCAGAAAAAGGAGAAUUCAAGCAUUUGUUUUGAGGAAAAAAAGAACAAAUUAAGGAAUUACAUGGACUUUGCAAACAGAUGUUAGAAAAUGAAAGUAAAAAUUUGAACUCGAUCCGGGAUUCAGAGGUUGCAGUGGAUAAGAAGUUUUAAAGCUUUGGUUCAAGAUUGCAGGAGGCUGAACGAAAAGUUAAAGACAUGAGAAGGAGGAUCAAAUGACAGUUUGCUGUAUUGCCUUCCAGUACUGAAGAUUGUAAAUAGCAGAGAAGUGGAAUUAAUGACUCUGAAACUGCAACCCAGUUUAAGAAAUGUCAGGCAUUCGACCACCAAUCAUGAAUGGGCCCAUGCACCCACGCCCUUUGGUAGCACUGCUGGAUGGCAGGGACUGUACAGUAGAAAUGCCCAUCUUGAAGGAUGUAGCCACAGUGGCAUUUUGUGAUGCACAGUCUACACAAGAAAUUCAUGAAAAGGUACUAAAUGAAGCAGUGGGUGCCCUGAUGUAUCAUACCAUCACUUUAACUCGUGAAGAUCUGGAGAAGUUUAAAGCCCUUCGAAUAAUUGUUCGAAUUGGAAGUGGUUUUGAUAACAUUGAUAUCAAAUCUGCUGGAGAUUUAGGGAUCGCAGUAUGUAAUGUCCCAGCUGCAUCAGUAGAAGAGACAGCAGACUCUACAAUGUGCCACAUCUUGAACCUUUACAGACGAACCACCUGGCUUCAUCAAGCUUUGCGAGAAGGCACAAGAGUGCAAAGUGUGGAACAGAUUCGGGAAGUUGCUUCUGGGGCUGCAAGAAUUAGAGGGGAGACCCUGGGCAUUAUCGGGUUAGGGCGAGUUGGGCAAGCAGUUGCACUACGUGCAAAAGCCUUUGGCUUUAAUGUCAUUUUCUAUGACCCAUACCUCUCAGAUGGCAUUGAACGUGCUCUUGGACUUCAGCGGGUGAGCACUUUACAGGAUCUGCUGUUUCACAGUGAUUGUGUCACCCUCCACUGCAGCCUGAAUGAACACAAUCAUCAUCUUAUUAAUGACUUCACCAUUAAACAGAUGCGACAAGGGGCCUUCCUUGUGAACACAGCUCGAGGAGGGCUGGUAGAUGAAAAAGCACUUGCACAAGCCCUGAAGGAAGGGAGGAUACGAGGGGCAGCCUUGGAUGUGCAUGAAUCAGAACCAUUCAGCUUUAGUCAAGGUCCUCUGAAGGAUGCACCAAAUCUGAUUUGUACCCCACAUGCUGCCUGGUAUAGUGAACAAGCCUCGAUAGAGAUGCGGGAGGAAGCAGCACGGGAGAUCCGGAGAGCUAUCACAGGUCGUAUUCCAGACAGCCUGAAAAACUGUGUCAACAAAGAACAUUUAACUGCAGCCACCCAUUGGGCCAGCAUGGAUCCAGGAGUUGUUCACCCAGAGCUUAAUGGUGCUGCAUACAGCAGGUAUCCUCCCGGUGUUGUAAGUGUGGCUCCACCUGGCAUACCCACAGCAGUAGAAGGAAUAGUCCCCAAUGCCAUGUCCUUAUCACAUGGGCUCCCAACUGUGGCCCACCCUCCCCAUGCUCCUUCCCCCGGCCAAACAGUCAAACCAGAAGCUGAUAGAGACCAUCCAAGUGACCAAUUGUAGCCCAAGAGAACAUCAUUCCCAACACUGGCGGUUGCAGCUUUGGAGAGUGUGUGGAUAACCAUUUGGACUUUGAAUAGAUGCAAAACCAUGAACAUACAAGGAGACUAUAUAUGUUUUAGGAACUGGUCCAAUAUGCAGUAUAAGGAGAAAUGGUGGGAGAUGAAAAGAAGAUAUGAAAACUUUAUUCCUCCAUAUAAAAUGUAGUUUGUCCCUGUCCAGUGACCUGAUUCACUGUUUUUGUGUCCUAUGGGUUCUUUGUUAAGCAAGAGAAGUUAGUAGUUAAUUAUAUCAUGAAUGUACUUGUCUGUGUACAGUUUUAGAACAUUAACAAGGGUUUGUUUGCUUAGUUGUCAACAAGGAAAAAAAAACCAUAAGGGAGGCAUUCGACAAACCAAUUUUGAGAUUUGAGAUCCUUUGUUUUUAUAUGUUAAAAAUAUGCCCAAAAAUGAGGCAGUUGGUGAACUUCUCAGGACAACAAAUUUUCCCCCAUUUUUCUUUCUACGCCACACAGUGCAUUGUUUUUUCUACCUUCUUGUCUUAUUUUUUAGAAUAAUUUAAUAAAAUAAAAACAAUUUCUCCUAAUUUUGGCACAAAUUUCCCUUAUUUCAGAAUGAAGACAUUUCAAAGAAAUUUUGAGGUGCAAAUAAAGGUUUUGUAUAAACGAGCAUAGUGCUUUUUUUUUUGUCACCAGUUAAAGUAUAUAUUAUUGGUGGGAUGCAGGCAGAGAGAUUGAGAGAGAGAUUGAGAGAGAGAGAGAGACUGAGGCACUAGACUACUGAAAAGUAGCAGCAUUUCAUUGCCUACAUGGAUUCCUUCCUGGUAAUGUGGUAGGCUAGCAAUAUUUUGGGUUAAAAUCAUGUUUGUGACUGUAUCCAUUUGUAUGAAUUAUUUUAAAGAAAUAAAAAUUCCAAACAAAUAUUAUGUGUACACUUUUUUUUUUAUUCUGGUAACUGUUAGUAUUCAUAGAUAUUUCCUAAGUUUAUUUGUUCUCCACUUGUUUGUGAUGUUCUCUUAGAGGAAAACCAAUAAAAGCAUUUCUAUUGCAUUAUUUUACAGUCUGCAAAACUGGAAAUAAUUAUAUUGGAAAGAACUGCCUUUAUUUCAUUUUCCUGUCUUGUGUUUUGUCUGUUUUUCUAUGUCUUGAACAGUGUUGGACUUAAAGAUAACUUGGAUUUGCUUCUGCAAGAAUAUCAGACAGCUUUCUUAUACUCCCCACUGCUGAGGUUGCAAAUGUAGACAGCAUAAAUGGUAAUAAGUAUCUUGCUACUAGUAUGACAAAGCUAGUUUACAUCUUUCAGUAACAACAAAUGGGUGGAAUGCAGCUCUAGCACUGGUAGGUCUACCUGCCACAUGAGGUGGGUAGACCAGGCCUCCACCCUGGACUUAGUGCAUUGGCCUGCCUCGGAGGACUUCUCUACCCGCCAACCCCAAUUGUUAGACCAGCUCCCCAACCCCGCCAUAAAAACAGGCCUCAAAAUGGCACUUAAAACACUUGAACCAUUUUGAGUCAAAAUGGGGCUGUUUCGUUUUGAGCUCGAAACAGCCCAUUUCGAGCUCCAGUCAUCUCUAGCUUGAAUUGCUUUGCACAUCUCUAACUGGCAUCAGUGGGGAUUCUUGCACUGAUUUCAUUGGUUCUAUAAUAGAACCUUAUGUAUUCUAUGUAUGCCUCCAAUAGGACCACAUGAGCAUUUUGAAAGAUUAGGUAGGAUAUUUAGUAGAUAUUUGUUCAAAAUAAAUACACAUUCCUGUCUGUCCCCUUCCUAACCUCAUUCAAGCCAUGGAAACAAAUGAUGGUGCAAUAUAGUGCUGAUUAAAGACUCAGUUUUCACUUUGAACACUGGUUUCUGCUGGAUGGUUGCCCCAUGAGACUGUUGUGUUUGGAAUAUUGUCUGUAGAUGCCCAUAAAUCUUUGUUCUGUUAUUGUUAGAUCUUUAUUAUCUGCCCAUUUUUGAUUAAAUAAUUACUUGUU